CUCAUUCUCUUUCUGCCCCGGACAUGUUCUCUUGACGUCCAGCCCUUGUUCUGAAGCAGUGGAAAAUGUAAGUUGGGCGUGAGGAGAACAAGUCAGUGGCUGCAGAAUCAUGAAUGUGUGUAACAGCACUGAUCUUCCAGAGGUGGAAAUCAUCAGUUUGCUGGAGGAGCAACUCCCCCACUAUCAGCUGAGAGCAGACACUAUAUACGGUUAUGACCACGACGACUGGCUCCACACGCCGCUCAUUUCCCCUGACAUCAACAUCGACCUGACCGUCGAGCAGAUUGAGGAGACCUUCAAAUACUUCCUUCUGUGUGCUGAAAGAGUGGGCCAGAUGACUAAGACGUACAACGACAUAGAUGCUGUUACACGUUUGCUUGAAGAGAAAGAACGGGAUCUGGAGUUAGCAGCACGCAUAGGUCAGUCCCUACUGAAGAAAAACAAAACCUUGAGUGAAAGAAAUGAGUUUCUGGAAGAGCAAGUAGAGCACAUUAGAGAGGAGGUUUCUCAGCUGCGUCAUGAUCUUUCUAUGAAAGAUGAACUGCUCCAGUUCUACACCAGCGCUGCUGAGGAGAGCGAGGGAGAGUCAGUCACUUCUACACCGAUCCCACGAAAUGACUCCUCAGUGUCUGUGCCAAAUUACUUCCCUCUGGACUCAUUGCAGAAGAAGCUCAAAGACCUGGAGGAAGAGAACAUUGUUCUGCGAUCUGAGGCGUGUCACUUGGAGACAGAGACCAUCUCUUAUGAGGAGAAGGAACAGCAGCUGGUUAAUGACUGUGUGAAAGAGCUCAGGGAUGCUAACAUACAGCUAUCGUCACUUGCAGAGGAGCUGGCAAAGAAGGCAGAAGAUGCCUCCAGGCAGCAGGAAGAGAUAACACACUUGCUCUCUCAGAUAGUGGAUCUCCAGAAAAAGGUUAAAUGUUAUGCAGUAGAAAAUGAGGAGCUCACACAGCACCUAGGAGCUGCUAAGGAUGCCCAAAGGCAGCUUACUGCUGAGCUACGGGAACUGGAGGAUAAGUAUGCAGAGUGUAUGGAGAUGCUUCAUGAAGCCCAAGAGGAGUUAAAGAACUUCAGGAACAAAACGGUGCCACAAAGCACUCCACGCCGCUUUCACUCACUCGGCUUUUUCCCCAUGGACUCCUUAGCUGCUGAAAUCGAAGGGACCAUGAGAAAAGAGAUUCAGAUGUCUGACCCGGAAGUGGAAGAUCAGAGGUUACACCCGAAGCGAGUCUUCCAAACAGUGCGCAAUAUCAAUCAGGUGGUUCGCCAGCGCUCACUCUGCCCCUCUCCCAUGAACAUCCCAGGCUCAAAUCAGACGUCCUCCUUGAAUUCUAGGCGCUCCAGUUGUCUGAGCACACCCAGAUCCAGUGUUUAUGGGGGAGAAGGAAGUUUCAUGGACAACCGCACAAACAGCAUGAUGCUGGAGACACACUCACCACAGGAGUGUUCAGAAGACUCAAACAAGAAGCCUGGUACUCCUGGUACACCUGGUUCUCACGACCUGGAGGCAGCACUACGGCGGCUCUCGCUUCGCCGUGACAACUACCUGAGUGAGCGUCGUUUUUUUGAGGAGGAGAGGGAACGCAAACUGCUGGCACUAGCCGAGGAGAAAAGAGAGCGUUGUGGAGACAGUGAUGGAGAAGAAGGGUCACUCACACGUGCAGACAGCAUCCUAUCUAUAGGCACCCUGCAUUCGGUCUACUCUGUGUACAGCAGUCGCUCCUACCUGCCAGAGAAGCUGCAGAUCGUCAAGCCUUUGGAAGGGUCAGCAACUCUGCAUGCAUGGCAGCAGCUAGCCCAGCCAAACCUUGGUGGCAUUCUGGAUCCUCGGCCAGGGGUAGUUACCAAGGGCUUCCGCCAUCUCCAGCUUGACCUUGAGGAGGUUUAUAGGUUCACAGACUUGGAGGAAGAUGAGCCAGGAGAGCAUCAGAACUCUCAUCCCACUCUCUCCACCUCAGGCCUGGGCUCACUGCCCUGUUCACCGAGCUCCAACCUCCAUCCUCACGGGGAACAGCACAGAGGAGGGAGACGAGGGGAAGAGCCAGAGCUUCAGGAGAUGGGUAGAGAUACACAGGAUGAAGAGGAGGAAAUGGCAUCUGUGCAUUUUCCUGGUAAAUGUAUGUCUCACACGAACUCAACCUAUACUUUCACUACCUGCCGGAUUCUCCACCCCUCUGAUGAGCUGACCAGGGUCACUCCCAGUGUGAUGGCAGCAGGUCCCUCUCUGGUAUCCUGUGUGAAGAGCAUACAUAGUGUGCACUCUACUCCAGCCUCUACCCCCUGCACGCCACGUCGUCUCAGCCUGGUUGAGAGCUUUACUAAUCUGCGGGAACACACUAAGACCACCAGCACUUCUCUGGGCCUGGUGCGGCUCCUACAGGAUCGUGGGAUUUCUGCAGCUGUCUACAACCCUCACAGCUGGGACAGGGCUGAAAAAACACCUGACACAUCACAAUCUGUUUCAAGAACAUUCCCCACUGGCUCAGACACCAUGCCCUCGAAUCCCCCAAACUCCCCCAGCCAAUCCAAACCCAACAGCCCUGUGCUGCCUGCAGACUUCAGCCCCUCUGACCCACCUUACGAGAACUUCCUUGCUUCGCGGCCCGCCAGUUCCAUACUGAAAGAGAUGCGUGGAGCAGAGGCCAAGCUGUGCACGGAAUCUGAGUGCCAGACAGAGAUGAGCAUACACAAUCUGCGGCUUGUGGAUAAGGUGAAGCGCUUCAGCCUCGGUCCUAGAGCUGUAACUCCGGGUCCUGGGCUUGGUUUAGCCACGCCUUCUUAUGGAACCCAACCUGGGCUGCCCAGCCCCAUAGCAGGACUGACUGGUAUAAGGAGAAACCGAAGUUACCCGGUUAUGGUAGGGGCCAGUAUGGCAAUGAAGGGAUUGGGACCAACUAGUGAAGACUUGCUCCUGCCUCCCAGACCUCCUACACAGUCUAGCCUCCAUGAGGAGUGAGUGUCACCUCUCUGUCAGUCAUUCUCUGUAUAUACAUUAGUGAAAUACAUUAUUCUCAUGACAGAGCAUCUGUGCCUGCCUGUAAAAGAAAUUUGUAUAGAUUAUUUUGUAUAGCAGCUGUAACUGUAAUACCAUUUUAUUAUUAUUUUUUUUCACACAUACAGUGCAAUUUAGUCAGAGAGACCACAGUAUGACUUUGACUCUUUAAUCCCCUACUGUAUAAACUGUGGAAUAAUUUAAUUGCACUUAUGCAUUACAAGAAAAUGUAGCAUAAGGCCUGUUUGUAAGCACUUUUUAAUUUUGAAUUUUUGGCAUAACUGUGCUGAAAGACCAUAACCCUGUUAUCUUGAUUGACUGAUGUGGUCUUCCCAAGCUCAAAGUACCUCUGGCUUGCUUUUUGUGUUGACAGCUGAAACACUAAAACAUCCUUAUGCUGAUCCCAGACAAGACAGUACAGAACUGAUGUCCAUUUUGUGUGUGUUUAAAUAAAUGUAAUUAAUGAACUAGGCAUAAAAUAAUCAAAAGCAGAAUAUUUCAGCCUUCUGGAUAAUAAUGGUGUCCAGCUGUUCUGAUCAAAACAGUGUAACACUGCAGAUGCUUCAGAAGCCUCUGGCCAGUAUUCUGUUCUGUUUAAAAGCCGUAAAGUGUGUGUAUUUUAGUGAGAGGUCAUUUCUCUCCAAAGACUGAACUGUAAGCUUUAAUUGCAUUGUGUGAUUUUGUCCUUUGAUAGCAAUAUCAUAGUGCCUGAUGUCAGUAAUUUAUUAUUGAACCUUAUUUUGAGUGACUUUCAUUCUGAAGUCUUUGCCUCAGUAUACGUUGGUGUUAACACUGUAAUAAGGUGAUUGUGUUCCCCUAACAGAAGGGUGGCGCUUAAUUCUGCAAUGCAGUUUUGAAUAUAAUAUAUGAAGGAUGUUUCAUUUAUCCAAAAUGUCUUACAAGCACAUACAGCCAUCUUUUUUCCUCCUCCUUUUUUUUUUUUUUUUUUUUUUUGGAAAAUCACGUUGCUACAAAGGUUUUUCCGUUAAAGAGGUGUAUGCAGUUAACCUUGACUUGAAUGUAUUGCAGAAUCGGAAAGGUGUCCUAUGUUCAUUACAGUUAUGGGUUUUAUUUCCUCAGACUGCAUAAAGGGAAAUUUUGCCACUUGUACACUGUAAAUUGUAAAGAUAGAAAUAUGUUUUUAUACAAAAUGCCAUAAAUUACUGAAUAAAUGAAGGAAAGUGUCAGUGUCAAAAAAAACCUGAUUUGUUUUCAGGAAUGCAGAGGUCAUCAACAAUAAAGAUAUUCAUACAAUUGUC